AUGACUAGCUCCGUGCUGCUAACAGGCGCGAACGGCUCUCUUGCUAUCCCAGCGAUCCAAUAUCUUCUUUCCACCUAUUCGGACAUAACCGCCAUUUUGACGGUGCGUAACCCCUCUGCCUCAGAUCAGAAUACUCAGCGCCUGCUAGAAAUCACCGCCCCUUUCAAAGACCGUGUCUCUGUUCGGUCUCUUGAUCUAGCCGACCUUUCUGCUGUCCACAGCUUUGCUAUUUCGCUGGCUGCUGAGAUUGCCUCAGGCACUGUUCCUCCUCUGAGGAGCAUUAUUUGCAACGCUUUCUACUGGAAUCUGACCGGGCCACCUGAAAUCAGCAAAGAUGGAUUUGAGAAAACUUUCCAGGUCAAUCAUCUAGCCCAUGCGGCUCUCAUACUGCGUCUACUGGGCUCCUGUUCCUCUAAUAGCCGAAUCGUGGUUUUUGCUAGUGACGCGCAUUAUCCCGGUAAAAAUUCGCUAGAAAAGUAUCCCCCUACUUUACCAGAGGUGAAAGACGAUGAUGGCUUUGAUUCUCUCGUCCAUCCAGCGGAUAUUUCAAAAGACACAAAGGCAAAGAACGACCCCCUGGGCUACGGAUUUCAACGGUAUGCGAACUCUAAGCUGGCAAUUGUUGCGUGGAUGUACGCGCUCAAUCGUCGCCUGCACGGCGAUUCCACGACAGACGCAGGUCCCCAGAACAGUAGCUCUCAGCUGAAGAACGGCAUCACCGCUAUCGCAAUCAAUCCUGGCAACCUGAGUGACUCGCGGGCAUUACGGUCGAACACACCCACCAGCCUUCAAAUCAUGUCGCGGGUAGUGAUCAAGCCCCUGAGUCCGUUAUUACGGAUGAUGGUGGAUCCAACUAUGCGCAGUGCAAAGGAUGCCGGUGUGGACGUUAUUGAACUGGCAGUUGGGAAAGACUAUUUACAUGCAGAAGGAUAUUAUACUCUUCGAAAGAGGGAUGAGAGCUCAGUGGAUAGUAAGGAUGAGAGAAAACAAGAGGUUCUGUGGGCCAAGACCUUACAAUGGACGAGGUUAGGUCCAAAUGAUACUGUUGUUGCUAUUUGA